GAUUGAAUAAUGUAUGAAACAAUUGUAUAUAAUUCAUAUAUUGCAUAUAAGAAUUGUAUACUAAUGUUUGAAAACACAGACUUAUACAUUUUAGUCAGUGUACAUUUGGCAGAAGGCGCUACAAUCUAUUGAUACUGCCGGUAAUAAUAUUAUGAUACAUGUUCAAACGUUUUAAAUAGUCCGGCAAAAGAUAUUUGUUCUUUAUGUCGGACACUUGCAAUUAAAUAUUUAGAACGCAUAAGAUAGAACAGGAACACUCAAAUACUAUUUAAUCGUGUCGUUAAUAUGAGUACUUCUACGUUUGUUAUCGAUAAUGGGGCAAACACCGCGAAAGUAGGGUUAGCUUCUGACAACAAUCCAAAACUAGUUCCUAAUUGCAUUAUGAAAGCAAAAAGCGAACGACGGAGACCUUUUGUUGGAAAUCAGAUAGAAGAAUGUCGCGAUGCGUCUGGACUCUUUUACAUCUUACCAUUCCAAAAAGGAUAUCUCGUUAACUGGGAUGUUCAGAAAACUGUAUGGGACUACAUUUUCUCAAAAGAGUGUUGUCCUGUAAAUUUGAAUCAGCUUUCAGUGAUUAUCACUGAACCUUUGUUCGACUUCUCUACAGUACAAGAAGCUAUAACAGAAAUAUUCUUUGAAGAAUACGAAUGUCAAAGUUUAUUAAGAAUUAAUGCCACCACUCUUUCGUGUUAUCAAUACAAAACAGAAAAUCCUAACACAAAAUGUUGUAUAGUAGUCGAUAGCGGAUAUAGCUUUACUCACAUAGUGCCUUAUGUAAAUGAUACCAAAGUUAAAGAAGGUAUUAGACGCAUCGAUGUGGGAGGAAAGCUACUUACGAAUCAUCUUAAAGAAAUUAUAUCUUAUCGACAACUCCAUGUCAUGGAUGAAACUUAUGUGAUAAACCAAGUGAAAGAGGAUUCGUGUUUUGUCUCUCAAGAAUUUUUCAAAGACAUGGAAACUGCCAAAAGCAAAUUGGAGAAUAAUCCUAUAAUCAAAGAUUAUGUUUUACCAGAUUAUACAACGUUAAGGCGUGGUUUCCUCAAGAAUCCAGAGCCUCCCAAUGAACAGCAAACUUUACGUUUAAGUAACGAAAGGUUUGCCAUACCUGAAAUAUUGUUUUACCCCUCAGAUGUCGGUAUCCGACAAAUGGGCAUUCCAGAAGCAAUUAUGGAUUGCUUGAAAGGAUGCGAAGAAGAGACAUGGCCUCAUCUUUUAUCUAAUAUCAUUCUUACAGGUGGUAAUGCAAAGUUCCCAGGAUUUCAGGAAAGAAUCUACAAAGAAGUGAGAAGCCUUGCACCCGCAGAAUACACGAUAAAUGUUUAUUUACCCGAGAAUCCAAUUACAUAUGCUUGGCACGGAGGUAAAACACUUUCAAAAGAUUCAAUGUUCUCGAGUCUCCUAGUAACUAGGGAAGAAUACGAGGAAGAAGGGCAGAACCUUUGUUUUGAAAAAUUCGAUGUUUAACUUUAAUA